GUCUCCCCGGAGCGCAGGGAGCGCGUGCUGGGCUCGCUCGAGCCGCUGACCACCACCACACGCCUGCGAGACCGAGCCCCAGCCCGGCGCGGCCCACGCCGGCGUGCGCCGUGCCGUGCGCAACAAGCUGAUCGGCAGCCGCCGACCAGCCACCCACGCGGCCGCGCCUUUCCCCUUCCGCUUCCGCCUCCGCACGCUCCAGAAUCCAGAUCCCACCAGACCCCGACCCGACCCCAUGGCCUUCUCGCGCCUCCUCCCCUCCCGCAGCCGCCUCCUCUCCGCCCUCCUCCACAACCCAGGCCCCAUCCCCAUCCCAACCCCAAGCGGCGGCGCCGCCGCCGGCACCCCCGCCUCGCCCCCGCGCGCGCCCUUCCUCCGCUCCAUCGCCUCCGCCACGCGGCGGGCGGGGCCCUCCUCCCGCCCCCGCGCCGUGGACAUCGGAGCGCGCGCGCGGCAGCUCCAGACCCGCCGCCUCUGGUCCUACGGGCUCGCCUUCGCCUGCGCCGGCGGGUUCGUGGUCGCCGUGCUCGCCACGUUCCAGGACCAGCUCGUCUUCUACGUCACGCCCACCGACGCGCUCGCCAAGUUCACCGCCGACCCCUCCAAAUCCCGGGUCCGCCUCGGCGGGCUCGUCCUCGAGGGCUCCGUCGCGCACCCCUCGCCGUCCUCCCCCGAGAUCGAGUUCGUCGUCACGGACCUCAUCACCGACGUGCUUGUCCGGUACGACGGCGCCCUGCCGGACCUCUUCCGCGAGGGCCACUCCGUCGUCGUCGAGGGGUUCCUCAAGCCCUUCACCGACGACCUCCGCCGCGACGACGGGAGGAAGGUGGCCCAGAAGGCGCGGGAGUGCGCGUGCUUCUUGCGAGGCACCGAGGUGCUCGCCAAGCACGACGAGAAGUACAUGCCCAAGGAGGUCGGCGAGGCGCUCGAGCGAAACAAGAAGCAGCUCGAGGCCGAUGCGGCGGCGGCGGCCGCCGCAGCUCAUGGGACGAGUGUAGCGGCUGCGGCGGAGGGAGCAAAGGCAAGCUCGUAAGAUUUUGUCUGCCUUCCGGUUUGAGAUUUACUGGAUCUUGAGUUGAAUUUUGUCUGCGGCAUCAGGCAUAGGUAGAUUUGAAUUCGAUUUUACACUGGAGCUGCAGGAUAUCUGCAGCGCGAUUCAAUUUGAUUCUAAGCUGAUGUGAUUGUAGUAUUGUGAGCCGAGGAUCAGGCAAAUUUUGUUAGGGGAAUAAUGACAAAUGAUGAUUGAACACAGCUAUACGGAUUCGUUUUUGAAUUGAUGCUUACUCGUUCCACUGAGCAAUACUAUUGGUUUACUA